UUUAGCAGACCUUUAUGGUAUGCUCAGUUAUCAUCAUCUAAUGAUCCUGAUUAUCCUAAUAGGUUGGUAAAAGUGGCUAUGUCUAAACUAAGAUUUAUUCAAUCAGAAAAGCUAAAUUUUAAUAUAGCUAUUUCCAUUAUUAGUUCACGCAUCCAGCUUGAUAUUUCUCCUCAAUCUAAGUUUGCAACUACUUUAAUUUCAAACUAUAUGUAUUUGAUGAUGUAUGUAUCUGAAGAUUGUCAAACAGUUAUUAAACAAUCUCCAUCUGAACCUCUUUUGGCUAUAGCAGCAGUAGCAAUUAUGAAUCAGGAUAAUGUUAGAAUUAAUGACAUUCUUAACUAUCUUGUUCAGAGAAUCAGAAAGGAUAAACAUGCAGCCACUCGUCUCUCUUCUUUGAGUGUAAAGUUUGCAGAACCAAUGAGGAUUUUUGACUAUUUGAAAUCCCUAGUUGUUAAUAAAGUUUUUGAAGAUAUAUGGAAGAAAAUAGAAAAUACUGACUUAACAAAUGGAUGGAUUCAUUUCAAUCAUUUUGUUAAAAUCACAUAUACCCUAAUAAAACUUAACUUACUUGAGUUUGCUAAACAUAGAGUUGCAGCUUGUUAUAAAGAACUCCAGAAAGGUGCUGAUUUAAUUAUUCCAGUUUUGAUUAAUGGAAAGUUACAUCUAAAUAAUGUUACAUUCAUAUUGGUACAAGUGAAAAAUCACUCAAAAAAGACAUCAUAUAAAAUAGAAACUACUCUUAAGCUUACACCUGAAUAUAUGGAAAUAGAAGAUUUUAAAGAUUUUAAAUUACCAUAUUUGUCAUUAUAUAUGCAAAUUAGUAUUGAUCAACAUAAUCAUGAGGUUUUAUUAACAAGAAAUAGAAAUCAAAUAUCUGUUGUACUUUUUGGGUUGACUAGAAAGUUAUAUAGUUGUCUGGAUUUGAAAAUGGAAGAUGAAACAUUUGAACUUGAAAAAUCAUUGAGUAAUUUACGAAUAUCAUCUGUAAAUUUGAUGAAAUUGAUUAAAAAUGAAAAUAAGAAAAAGAUUAUUCAUCAUAUGCAGCCUCUUGUUUAUAAUGAGAAAAUAUUGAAGAAAAAGAGAUUGAAAUAA